CAGUAACAUUUGUUUACAUAGAUGGCUUUUUGAGUGAGCUGAAUUGUUUUGACUUCCACAUACGAUAUACGAUAGUAAACAAAAGUGAAAAAAUCUCUCUACCUUGGUAUAAUUUAAUUUCUUGCCAAACCUGAAGCCUAUAAAGAGCAUAUGAAACAGAACUUUGAAGAAUCACCAAACACUCCCAAAAUGCAAUUCUUCAACUUGGCUUCCAUCUUCCUUUUUCUAUCUUUCCUCUUUUUGCUUAGGAAAUGGAAGAACUCCAAUAGUCAAUCCAAAAAAUUGCCUCCAGGUCCAUGGAAAAUUCCUUUACUAGGAAGCAUGCUUCAUAUGGCUCGUGGGCUUCCACACCAUGUCCUUAGAGAUUUAGCCAAAAAAUAUGGACCACUAAUGCACCUUCAGCUUGGUGAAGUUUCUGCUGUUGUUGUUACUUCUCCUGAUAUGGCAAAAGAAGUACUAAAAACUCAUGACAUCGCUUUUGCAUCUAGGCCUAAACUUUUGGCGCCGGAGAUUGUCUGUUACAAUAGGUCUGACAUUGCCUUUUGCCCCUAUGGUGAUUAUUGGAGACAAAUGCGUAAAAUUUGUGUCGUGGAAGUGUUGAGUGCCAAGAAUGUCCGGACAUUCAGCUCGAUUAGGCGCGAUGAAGUUCUUCGCCUUGUUAAUUUUGUCCGGUCAUCUUCCGGUGAGCCGGUUAAUUUUACUGAAAGGCUCUUUUUGUUCACAAGUUCCAUGACAUGUAGAUCCGCAUUUGGGCAAGUGUUCAAGGAGCAGGACAAAUUUAUACAACUAAUCAAAGAAGUGAUAGGCUUAGCAGGAGGAUUUGAUGUGGCUGACAUCUUCCCAUCAAUGAAGUUCCUACAUGUGCUUAGUGGAAUGAAGGGUAAAAUUAUGAAUGCCCACCUUAAGGUAGAUGAAAUUGUUGAGGAUGUCAUCAAUGAGCACAAGAAGAACAUUGCAAUUGGGAAAACUAAUGGUGCAUUAGGAGGUGAAGAUCUUAUUGAUGUCCUUCUAAGACUUAUGAAUGCUGGAGGCCUUCAAUUUCCUAUCACGAACGACAACAUAAAAGCUAUUGUUUUUGACAUGUUUGCUGCUGGAACUGAGACUUCAUCAUCAACACUUGUGUGGGCUAUGGUGCAAAUGAUGAAAAAUCCAAGUAUAUUAGCUAAAGCUCAAGCAGAAGUGCGAGAAGCCUUUAGAGAUAAAGCAACGUUUGAUGAAAAUGAUGUGGAGGAGCUGAAAUACUUAAAGCUAGUCAUUAAAGAAACUCUAAGACUCCAUCCACCCGUUCCACUUUUGGUCCCAAGAGAAUGUAGGGAAGAGACAAUAAUAAACGGCUACACUAUUCCCGUGAAGACCAAAGUCAUGGUAAAUGUUUGGGCGUUGGGAAGAGAUUCAAAAUAUUGGGAUGACGCAGAAAGCUUUAAGCCAGAGAGAUUUAAGCAGUUGUCUAUGGACUUUGUUGGCAACAAUUUUGAAUAUCUUCCCUUUGGCGGGGGGAGAAGGAUUUGUCCUGGUAUUUCAUUUGGUUUAGCUAAUGUUUAUUUGCCAUUGGCUCAAAUGCUAUAUCAUUUUGACUGGAAACUCCCUACUGGAACGGAGCCAAAAGACUUGGACUUGACUGAAUUGGUUGGAGUAGCUGCCACCAGAAAAAGUGACCUUAUUUUGAUUGCGACUCCUUAUCAACCUCCUCGAGAAUGAUUUUCAAACCUCUCGUUACUAUCCAUUGGUGCCGGUUUAAGUCUGGUGCACAUCUGGACAACUAUCAUGAUUUCUUGAGAUUAGCUCAGUUACAAAUUAUUUACGUUUAUUUUCUUUAAUUGCUACUUGUGCUUCCCACCGGCUUAUGAGGUACGGUUGGGUUAAUUGUCUUCUUCAGUGUGCCUAGGGGGCUUAUGGGGGCCCAGUUAGGUUAUGUUGUGUGCCUAACGGGCUUAUGGGGGCCCAGUUAGGUUAUGUUUGAUUUGCCUAUAAUUAUUGCAUUAUUUAUUUUCUGUAUCGCUUACAUUUAUUCCUUUAUCUCAUU